AUGCAGGCCUCGGGAGUGAAAGUUGAUGCGUCGUGUAAGAAUGCUUACGAUCUGCUCCACAACAAGCAUCAACAUACGUACAUCAUCUUUAGGAUCUCUGACGACGAUACCUCGAUCAUUGUCGAGAAAGCCGGUGAAAAGGGGGCUCCAUACUCCGAAUUCUUGGCCGACAUCGGAAAAUCGGUUGCUGGCGGAAAGGAAUGCAGGUACGCGGCCGUUGACGUCGAAGUGACUGUGCAGCGACAAGGCGCUGAGGGGGCAAGCAAGCUGAGCAAGGUCGUCUUCGUCCAAUACUGCCCCGAUGAGGCUCCAGUGAGGCGUCGCAUGCUGUACGCCUCAUCUGUGCGUGCGCUGAAGGCCGCCCUUGGACUCGAAUCACUUAUGCAGGUACAAGCCUCUGAUCUCUCCGACCUUGACGAGAAGGUGGUGAAGAGCGACUUGAUGUCCCACCAGAGGACC